AUGGCCUCCUCCCUAGCCGACAUCAAGGACAAUUGCCGCAAGGUACAGACACCCAAAAAAAAACCCCCCCCAAAUGCCUCUUCCAUGUACAACACAGACCUAACCCUCCCUCUCCUACUACUAGGUAAUCUGCAUCGGCCGCAACUACGCCGACCACGUCACCGAACUCAACAACCAACGCCCCAAACAACCCUUCUUCUUCCUCAAACCCCCCAGCGCCAUCCUGCUCCCCUCCGAAGGCCCCGUCCUGCGCCCCAAGGGCGUCACCCUGCACUUCGAAAUCGAACUCGCCGUCGUCAUCGGCAGAACUGUCAAAGACCUCGACGAGAACGACACGGAAGCCUGGACGGGCGCCAUCGACCAGUACCUCCUGACGAUCGACAUGACGGCGCGCAACGCCCAGGACGAAGCCAAGAAAAAAGGCCUGCCGUGGGAUAUCGCCAAGGGCUUCGACACCUUCCUGCCCAUCGCGGGGCCCAUUUCCAAGGCGAAGAUUCGCGAUCCGCAUAAUGUGGAAUUGUGGCUGAGUGUGAAUGGACAGGUGAGGCAGAGGGAUAAUACGGAAUUGAUGCUGUUCCGCAUCGGGAGGCAGCUGAGCGAUAUUUCGAAAGUCAUGACGUUGGAGAGGGGGGAUAUUGUCCUGACGGGGACGCCGAAGGGUGUGGGGCCCGUUGUUACGGGGGAUGUGAUGGAGGCGGGGUUGAGGGUCGAUGGGGAGGAGGUGGAGGAGGCGAGGAUACGGGUGGAGGUGAAGGAUCGUGAGGGGCCGUAUGAGUAUGCGGAGACGUAG